AGGAACCAAAAAUAUUUGUUUAAAGAAAAGUAUAUUUAGUUUAUAUUGAAAAAGAAGAACAAUAGGCUUUUAAUUCUAUAAGAGAGAGUACUUUAUAAUGAAGAAGGCACUGACCUUCCUUCUCUUGAUAUAUAUCUGCAAUGAGCUUUGUCUGGUAGUGCUUCAAUUGAGUGAAAACAAUGGUGCUAGGGUUGCCAUGUGGUGAAACUUACUCCUUCUCUUCAAUUAUAUGAGGCUUCCUAUAGGCUCCGGUUUUUCUUGAUACUUCUAAAAACACAAAAGAAAUUUAAUUUUAUUGAUGAUGGAAGAGCAAAGCAAAUGAGAGACAAAGACACAGAGCUUAUAUCAGAGAGUAUAUUGGUGAAGUGGAUUGAAUCACAUAAGCCAUGGAGUCUCCGAGGAACCAUGGAGGCUCUGAAGAGGAGGAAUACAGCAGUUGUGAGUCAGGGUGGACUAUGUACAUAGAAGACGCCUUCCAUGGAAAUGACCAUUCAUCUGUUGUUGUUGAUGAUGAUGAUGAUGAUACACAGGUAAAAGAGGCUCAUGAUGGCUAUGAGAACGAUGAUGGCGACAAUAGUGAUGAUGGUGGUGAUGAAGAGAGUGAUGAUUCCAUGGCUUCUGAUGCAUCCUCGGGGCCUAGCAAUCAGCUUCCAAAGAACAUCAACAAACAUGCAGCUAGGAAGAAUGGUUCUAAACAAGUCUACCUUCAAAAACGCCAACACACAGAGAAAACAUUGAGCAACGAAGGAGAAAAAUCAGACCUCAAAGCUAAAACAAGAACAAGUGCAGCUAGUCGUGUCCAGAGUAGAGGCAAGGUGAGCAAAACCAAAUAAAACUCAUGGCGAAUAAGAGAAGAAGAUAUGGGGGUUCACAAAGAAUCCAAAUCCUGUAGUGAAGAGAGACGUUUCAGGGGUCUCACCAAUCGUGUUGUUUGCCUUUAAUAAGCCAUGUGUAGGUAGUUGCAUUGUUUUCUUUUGCCGGAAUAUGUUUUUUUGUAGAAGCUGUCCUAAAUAAGUUAUCUGCACGGUUCUCCGUUGGAACCCUGUUAUAUAAUAUGUACCUUGUUCUU